AAAACCCUAACUCUCUCAUCUAUAUCUUAACAAAAUUUCAAUCUGCCAUUUUUCUGCGCCUCCAUAACCACCUUCGGUUUAUACACCUCUCUUUGUGUUCUUCCUUUCAAACCCUUAACACCCAAUCUCAAAAACCACUAUGCCGCCAAAGUUCGAUCCAAGCCAAGUGGUGGACGUUUUCGUCCGGGUCACCGGAGGUGAGGUCGGAGCUGCAUCAUCUCUCGCUCCAAAAAUUGGUCCUCUUGGUCUCUCUCCAAAGAAGAUUGGUGAAGAUAUUGCCAAGGAAACGGCCAAGGAUUGGAAGGGUCUACGUGUCACCGUCAAGCUUACUGUCCAGAACCGUCAGGCUAAGGUCUCAGUGGUUCCUUCCGCUGCUGCUCUUGUCAUCAAGGCAUUGAAGGAGCCUGAGCGUGACAGGAAGAAGACGAAGAAUAUCAAGCACAGUGGAAACAUUUCGCUGGAUGACGUGAUCGAGAUUGCUAAGGUAAUGCGGCCUAGAUCAAUGGCUAAGGACUUGAGCGGGACCGUCAAGGAGAUAUUGGGAACUUGCGUGUCUGUUGGGUGUACAGUUGAUGGGAAGGACCCGAAAGACCUCCAGCAGGAGAUUACUGAUGGUGAGGUUGAGAUUCCUCUUGAUUGACUGGACUAAAGAAAUGGAUAUUUGUGCUUCUUUUUUAUAGAAUGUUUCGCCAGAUUCUGGGUUUUUGUUUAAGGUCCUUAGCAAGUUCUAUCAAUUAUUGAAGUUUUGUAUGAAUGAGGAUAUCUAAUGUUAUCAUUCUAGCGUUGUUGGAUAAUGCUUUGCUUUGGAUUUUAGCUUUAUAAGGGAUUUCUUAUUCAAUAGAUGAAUGAUCUUGAUUUUGUGUUUCUUUUUUAA